CACGAUCAGUGCAAAUCCAGAGGUGGCGAGUCUGCGACCGCAACUCUUCCCUCAUAUCACAUAAUCAAUUUUGUCACGUGAUAAUUCUCCAAGAUAAAUAUUCAGCUUUUCCUCGGCUUAUUAGUGUUGUGAUUUAGGCGUGUGGCGCGAUGACUCCUCAUUGCAGCAUCAAGGUGCUCCUCCUGGCCGUGGUGGCGCUUCCCCACAACGAGGCUCUCUUCUCCCGGCCGCCCUACUCGUUCGCCCCAUCGCCGUUCCACUUCCACCUCGACGACGACGGCCCCCCAUUCCUCCCGAAAUACACCUCGGUGAAGCUCUUCAGUCCAUCAAGCGUGUCGGCUAAAUUCCCAUCGUGGAAGAAACCACCCAAGUACCUUGUUGGUAAAUUACCGGAUUGGAAGGUACCAGACUUCGACGACGAAAAAAACCUAAAGGAAGUGGUUUUGGAGGAGCCGUUCCGACCGGUCUCUUUUGACUUUAAUUCACUGCCCAAGUCAAACCGAUUCGACGACGUCAAACCGGUUACCGAGCACAUCGAAGGCGACCUCAAGUACGAUUUCAGGACCAAGACGCAUUCUAUCUGAGGGGGCGGAUGGACUAAUUGGGUCACUGUGAUGACGGGGAACACCACCGCCGCAUGACGGCUCUAUUUCAAUAUUUCAACGAGCUGAACACCGGAGACAUUCUUUACAAGUUUUUAUGAGGAUUUCGAUCUGGGAAUGUCUAGCGGUCAUGCGGCGAGGGGGCUAUUUAUAAAUUCGUUGGGGAUUUUAUUGUUACCACGUGGAUUAUUACUAGUGCAUCAAGUUCUUUGUUUUACGACUAAUAAAGUUUUUAGUUUGUUUUAA